GGAGCUAAAAUUCUUAGUCUGGUCUCGUGCAAGUGUAACCCAAAACCCUAGCGGCGCCUGCUUUCUUCGUUCGUCUUUUGCAUCAGCCAUCAGGAUGGAGUCUCAGGUGAAGCAUGCUCUUGUUGUCAAAGUUAUGGGUCGUACUGGAUCCAGAGGACAGGUGACUCAGGUUAGAGUGAAGUUUUUGGAUGAUCAGAACCGUCAUAUCAUGAGGAAUGUUAAAGGACCAGUGAGAGAAGGAGACAUUCUCACCCUACUCGAGUCUGAAAGGGAAGCAAGAAGGUUGCGCUAGAGGGUAUUUUUUUCUUGAUCUUUAUGGUAGUUAGUUGGUGCUAAAGGUUAUAGCACCCUAUCUUGUUGUCUUGGAUCUAUUUUCAUUCAAAUUAUGGGUUGAAUUUUGGAUGUUUGGAGUUUAAUAUAUGAUUUUGAAUUAUGGCUUAAAUUUUGGAUUAAUAUAUUUGUCUUCUAUA